UUAUCAAGAAAGCCUCCAGGAGCGAGGGAGCCUGAGAUUGUACGACUGCACGAGCGAAGCAAUGCCUAAGUCAAAGGAACUUGUUUCUUCAAGCUCUUCUGGUAGUGAUUCUGACAGCGAAGUUGACAAAAAGUUAAAGAGGAAAAAGCAAGUUGCUCCAGAAAAACCUGUGAAGAAGCAAAAGACUGGUGAAACUUCAAGAGCUCUGUCAUCUUCCAAACAGAGCAGCAGCAGCAGAGAUGAUAACAUGUUUCAGAUUGGGAAAAUGAGGUAUGUUAGUGUUCGGGACUUUAAAGGGAAAGUUCUAAUUGAUAUUAGAGAAUAUUGGAUGGAUCCAGAAGGUGAAAUGAAACCAGGAAGAAAAGGUAUUUCUUUAAAUCCGGAGCAAUGGAGCCAGCUGAAGGAACAGAUUUCCGACAUUGAUGAUGCAGUAAGAAAACUGUAAAAUUCGAGCCAUAUAAAACCUGUACUGUUCUAGUUGUUUUAA